AUGUUAAAAAUAGAACUGGAUUCAGUUAUACACCAGCUGAGGUAAGAUUGCUCUCGACUCGUAGCUCUCAGUACGCUCUAUUGUGUUCUAUAGUAAAACCAAAAAAAAAACGAAUUUUGGUUGAGAGAUAAACAUGAAGCUGCAUCAGCAACUGCCUUGCCAAAGUGGUCAAGCACGUUGAACAGCCUUGCACCGCCUAUAGUGAGUCACAAAACAGGGGACACCCUCAGAACGGGGGCAAGUGUCCCUUGAAUAGAAGUUGGGCUGCGGGGUUUGUUAAUAAUGAACCGACAAAGAAAACAUACAGAAAUCAUCAUUAACUCAUAUCCUUACGACAUUAUACGUUGAAUUCCGGUAAGCACCUUUCAUCGAUUUAAGUGAGAUAGUUAAGUUUGUGAAAGCUUCCACAUUUCUGAUUAGUGCACACCUGAAGAUAUUAACCCUCUUUGUGAUCAGACACACUUUGUCUGAGAGCUAAAGUGUCCCCUGAAUGGAGGUUAAACUCAGGUUUUCGGACCCAGAAAAAGUUUCUCUUUCCCCUGAAUAGAGGUGUCCCUUCAACAGAGGUAACAAAUACAAAGAUUAUUAUGUGAACAUUUUUCCGGGACCAAAUUUUGUGCCCCCUGAAUGGAGUUGUCUCUUGAAUAGAGUUGUCCCAAACGUGAGGUUUCACUGUAUUGCGAUUUUGAGAUUCAAAAGUCAAAAGAGAAAUCCUCGAUCUCUUGCUUUUAUUAUUUUGAAUUUAUAAUGCGUGCCUUAAUAACCUCUAACUGGCCUUAAGUGUGUUAAUUGUCGUAUAAUGAUGGACUAUUUUGUCUCUGCCUUUUUAACAGAACACUUGUGUGGACAAUAACUGCUCGCCGAAUAGCCGCUGUCAAACUGGAUUCACUGAUCGCGGAUACAGAUGCGUGUGUGAUACAGGCAUCAUCACAGGAGAAUUCUGCGAAACAGGUUAUCAUAUUAAGGCUGAAGAUUAGGCUCAUGUAAUUCUUUUUUCGUCAGUAUAGUAGGGUUACGAAGAAUGGUGAAGCCGAAAUUAGCUUAACUUACAAACUUGACGUAAAUUGGCCAAACGUUAUCUCGCCACAUCGAUGCAUGGAUCAGGUGGAUCGCUAAAACGUUAUCUGCGACUUAAAAAAAUGCGUAAUAGACAAGACAAAAAAAUCAGAAAAGAUUCUGCUACCGUUACCCCUUGACAAAAUAUUUGGUAUCCUUUUUUUUCUUGACAUGUUUUCUUAAAUCAUUUUGACAAUUUUGAUGGUUCCAUUUAAUGCAGAGCUGGUCAAAAUCCAAGGUGUUUGUAGCUGAAGUUGCGCGACCGCAAAACAGUACCAAGGUCGCCAGAGGUCUUCACCAGAAGCGAGAAGCGUAAAGGGAAAAUAACACCUCUGGCAUCCAGGGUAGCAAAACAGUGGAAAUGAAAAAAAAUUAUUACUGAUCGCAUGAAUUGCAAUGCUGGUUUUUUUUUUAGAAAUUAGACUGGGUGAAAGAGCCAACUGGCAAAUCGUGUAAGGACAUCUUAGAGAGUGGGGCUGCUACAGACGACGGAGAGUACUGGAUCGACCCCGAGAAAGACGGAAGCCCUUUGAAAGUGUAUUGUGACAUGACCACUGACAGAGGUGAGUAACUUGCGUUAUCAUUUCUCUCUCUUUUACGCCAAAGACUCUCUCGCGAUCCGUAGAUAGACCAACUCUGGUGCGUCUAAUUAUUAUAAAAACUCUCUGCAAUCAGCAUGUGUGGAAGCUUGUGACGGUGUACUCUGUGUCCAUCGACAGAUGUCCACCAUACAGCUUCCCUGUGGCCUACCACGCCCUCUAUUUCCAGAAACUCAUCCGAUCCAUGCAUGAUGAUGUACAUGUUUGCCUGGCCGUCAUGUCUAAACUCAUACGGAUGUCUUGUGACAUGACCAAAGAAUUUCAGUUUUCGCUCUUGCACUAUUUGAAUGGGGGAUUUCUGUGUUAAAUUUUCCACUGGCUCUUUUAGCGACUCGUUUGUCGGUCUGUCUAUAUCCAAAAAAUGUCCCUGAUUUGUUAUAUUAUUUACUCAUUUGUUAUUUUGUGUUCAGGAGGCUGGCUUCUUGUUACCAACAUUCUGGGUAUGUAUGAGACUGGAAGCAUCCAGCAAUCCUGGACCCCUGCAAGUUCAUACGACGAGAUCAAUAAUUACAAUUACAGUCAAAAUGUGGGUAUCACUGCCAGCGCUUUGGGUUGGCUGAGGUCGCACUUGAACUUCACUCAACUGAGAUUCCACUGCAGCAAGCAACAUGGGCGUACCUUCCACGUCAUCACGGCCACCAACGACAAUGGUGAAGCUGCAGUCCAGUACUUCAGCGGUCAGACUGACACACUUCCAGGUUCCUGCGACUCGUUUCAGAGGAUGAACGACGAUACCUCCGUGUUGGCUGUAGAUUGUGCUAUGUGGGGAAAUGAUGGCAGACAAUACGUCGGAAAAUGGGGACACCAUGACAAAAAGGACGCUUCAGUUCGAUUGUACGAUCAUGCGGCAUUUAUAGCUUCCAGUUAUCACUGGCAUAUUGUUGGGGACUAUUGGCUCUGUGACGAUGCGAUCAAUCUCUUUACAAAAUCUGCGAGAGAUUUCUGGAAAAUAUUUGUACGCUGA